GCGGCGCGGAGGCCUGGCGGUGGCGGAGAGAGCACCCGCUCUCCCGCCGCGCUGCGCCGGCCGCCACCGAUGCGCUGCCCCGCCGCCGCGCCAUGACCCUUAGCUCGGAGAUGUCCGAGGCGUCGACGCUGGCUGAGGAGACCGACAUCGAUGUGGUGGGCGAGGAGGACGACGAGGAGGACGACGAGGAGGCACAGACCCGCCGCCGCCGCCGCUCCUACGCCGAGGACGAGGAGGAGGAGGACGACGACGACGAGGAAGAGGACGAGGAGGAUGUGGGCGAUCUCCACGCCGCCGCCCUGCUGCCGCGGUCGCCUGUGCGCAGCGGAGGCGUAGGUGGCGGCGGCGGCGGGACGGGCGGCGGGGACGCUGCCGGUGGCUCUCGGCCCCCCUCGCGGGUUGGCCCGCAGAAGGCGACGGCGGGCAGCGGCGGGGCGGGCGGUGGCGGCGGCGGCGGCGGCGGCGGCGGGGCGGGCAGCGGCGGCGGCAAGAACAGCCUGGUGAAGCCGCCCUACUCCUACAUCGCUCUCAUCACCAUGGCCAUCCUGCAGAGCCCCAAGAAGAGGCUGACGCUGAGUGAGAUCUGCGAGUUCAUCAGCGGGCGCUUUCCCUACUACCGGGAGAAGUUCCCCGCGUGGCAGAACAGUAUCCGCCACAACCUCUCCCUCAACGACUGCUUCGUCAAGAUCCCCCGGGAGCCCGGCAAUCCUGGCAAGGGCAACUACUGGACGCUGGACCCCGAAUCCGCCGACAUGUUCGACAACGGGAGCUUCCUGCGCCGCCGAAAGCGCUUCAAGCGGCAACAGCUCCCGGCGCCCGAGCUUCUGCUGCGCGCCGUGGACCCCGCUGCCUUCCUCCCGCAGCCUCCGCCGCAGCCCCCGCAGCAGCCGCCUUGUGCCUACGGACCCUACGGCUGCGGCUACGGUCUUCAGCUCCAGCCUUACCACCCCCACUCCGCCCUUUUCGCCUUCCACCACCCCUCUCCUCCGCCCCGCCAGCCCCCUGCCGCCCCCGGCAGCGCCCCCGGCGCGGCGCUGCCCCCCGCCGCCGCCGCGCCGCCGGGCCCCUUGCUGCCGGCGGCCGAGCUGGCACGGACGCCCUUCGGCUACGCGCACCCGCUGGGCCCGGCGCUGGCGGCCUCGCUGCAUUCCGCCAAGCCCGGCAGCGGCGCGGCGCUGGCCCGCUCGCCCUUCUCCAUCGAGAGCAUCAUCGGGGGAAGCCCCGGCCCCGGAGCGGGCAGCAGCUGCGCCUCGCAGUCGACCGCGGCACCGGGGCUGGCCCGCUCGCUGGGGAGCGCCGGGAGCGGCCUGCCCCCCGCCGCCACCCUGCCUGCCACCCCCGGCUUCGCGGCACGGAUCUCUAACUGUUAAGUGUUUGGGAGUCUUUCCGAAGGUAGGAUCUGGGGUAUCUCCUUUCUCCGCCGCUCGGACGCCCGGCGGACGCUGCCCGCAGGGGCUGCCUGUCUUUGCGUGGGGAUAAUUGUGACGGGGCUCGGGGGCCGUUCGCCGCGAGCGACGGACCUCCCGUGACCUUCACUAGUGCAAAGCCAGGUGUAGAUUUAGAUAUUGCACGAGCAGGCGGUCACUACAUCGGAAAGUUACUCGCUACUCCUUAAAAAGAAACAAACAUGGUGAUAAAUAAUGUCUCUAAACCGUUAAAGUUCAGAGAUUCUCAGGUCUAGGAGCUUGAAGACAGUAAUGUACAGGACGAAAAAAAAGGCUGGAGGGAGGACAGCAGAGCAAUACUUUUUCAUUUAGUACACUUGUCUCAUGUACUUUUAUAAAAGAAAAGAUUAACGUGUUUACACAGAAGAAAGUCAAGAUUAUCAUUUCUUAUUUUAACCUGUGUUUUGUAUUAUAAUAGACUUACGGAGUUUUUUAUUUUGUACUU